AUGUGGGCGGACAGCUUCGGUGAUGACGUGCGGCUACAAAUCUUGGAGCAUUUGUGGCCAAAGGAAUGGCUCUUGACAUGCGCUGAAGUCUGCCAAACCGCGAGAUGCUUCCUUGCCCGGCAAGAUGUGCGAGAGAGCCUGGUCACCUCUUUGCCGGAGGAUGCCUUUGCCCUCACCUCCCCUCUCUGGCGCCUCUUGAGGAGCGCCAUCGCAGCUGGCAGCCCCUGCAGUACCGCCCUCUUGAAGCCGGCCUUUGCAGUGAUGGGAAGGCCAGCUGCUCGCACAACGAACUGUCGAGGUGGAAGGUCGCGGCUGCUCGGGCGCUGCUUCACAGUGUCUGCCCAAACGGGAAACGUGUCCCUGGUCACCCUGGCGCUGCAGUGCCGGGCAGACAUUGAGCAGAGGAUCAACGGCCAAAGCGCCCUGGACUCGGCGUCGCAGGCCGGGCAGGUGCAAAUCGCGGAGGUCUUGUUGCAAGCCCGCGCGGCAGCGACUCAGACGGCGCAGGGCCGAUGGACUCCGCUGAUGCGUGCCGCGCAGGGGGGACAUCUCAAAGUCUGCGAGCUGCUCUUAGCCUCCGGAGUCGACCCGGACGAGUUCGCCGAGCGGACCACGGCCUUGGACGUGGCGGUGUCCCUGUCGCACCUGGAGGUGGUGAAAGCUCUGGAGGCCAAGCGUGCUCGGAGGUACCAGGACCUGCCAGCGGCGAGGAGGAGCGUCGCUGCUUCCACGAGCUUCCGGGUGGCGCUGGAGAGCUUCCGGCGGCCUCCCAGGAGAUCCGGGCGGGGCGUCCUUUGUGGCUCGGCCUCUUUGCCGCUGCAGCCGAGAGUGCGCAUCCCCGCGGCAGAAGCUGAAUCUGAGGAGGAAGACGACGGCGAGUUUGGAAACGGUCGGGGCUUCGAAGCCGGCGUGGAGCGAGACGUCUCACCAGCCGGCAAAGGCCUCCAAGGAGUAGAACUCGCGCCACCGGGGCGGGAAGGUGAUGCUGCGUCCCCGCAGACACUGCGUAGGGCGGGGUCUGUAUCUCGAGCCCAAAGUGCGAGCUGGGACCACCGAUGCAAAAGCGAUUGCUUGGCACAAAAGGUUCGCUGUUGA